AUGCGUUUCCUCGUUUCCAGCAUCCUCGCCAUCGCACUGGCAAGCACCAAUGUUAUUGCUUCACCGUCGCUCUCCUGCCUUAAGAUACCCACAAUGGUCCAGUCCUAUGAUCCUGCCAAAAUCGGAGCCAUUUUCCAGAAGGAAAUUUGCGGCCAGGGAUGCGACUUCCGUGCCUCCAACUACGACACUCAGAUCAAGGAUGUUGUCAAAAAGUGCGUCGCAGAUGAAAGUACUGCCAUGGGGGCUCCUACUCUCUCCCCUUAUUACAUCAACCUCGCCGACGCCAUGUUCCAAACCGUUUCAGAAAAAUGCUCGGAAGGACAGUACCGUGACGUCAACUUAUGCAGUGUUGAGCCUGAGGUGCUGACUCAGGUGCUUGGAUGUUUCAAAUCAAGCGCACUAUCGACUCUAUGGGCACAGAAGAGCAACGUCUUGCCUCUACUUACCACCAACUGCGAAGAGCAAUACAAACACUUCACCGUUGACAACCUCUACAACAAAAUCCUGCCUGCUUGCGCCCAAAAGUUUGCUGCUGAGCAUUGCAAGGCCGCAUAA